AUGAGCGGAGAGGAGCCCGUCAUCACCUACGAUGGCAAAAACUACAGAGGAAUAACGGAGGGCAAGGCCACCAUCCUGGUCCCCGCCGAGGUUGAGCAGAAGGGCCAGCAGGUCUUUUACAAUCCGAUCCAGCAGUUCAACCGUGACCUUUCUGUUCUCGCUGUCAGAGCGUACGGCCAAGAGGUUGUCGAGAGGAAGGCUGUACAGGCCGCCCAGGUCACCGCUAGGCGCAAGGAUAAGAAGAGACGGAGGGGUGCCGCGGAUGAGGGCGGCAACCGGCCGGCCAAGGUCCAGAUCACGGACGACGGCAAGGCGGCCGAGACCAUUGCUGAUGGCGAGGCGCAGGCGGUGGAACCCGUGAACGGUGUCAAUGGCACCGGCGCGGAGGCCCCAGAGACGGCUGCGCCCUCGACGACCGAGGCGCCCGUGACAUCUGCCGAGGCCGAGGGCACAAAGGUCGAAGGUGAGGCAAAGUCUUCCCCCGAGAAAUCGCGCCCUCGCUUCACCGUCCUGGACGCUCUGUCGGCAUCUGGUCUUCGUGCGCUGCGUUAUUCUCACGAGUUGCCCUUUGUCACCUCGGUGACGGCCAACGACCUUACCAAGAGUGCGAUUGAGUCGAUCAAGCUGAACACGAAGCACAACGGCCUGGAAGAUAUGAUCCAGAUGAGCCACGACGACGCCAUAGCCCACAUGUACCGGCGCAUCGCGGACGAUCUGACGAACCGGGACCGAUUCGGCAACCCCAGCAAGGAGAACAAGUACGACGUCAUUGACCUGGACCCGUACGGAACCGCUGCGCCUUUCCUGGACGCCGCCGUCCAGGCUGUGAGGGACGAUGGCGGUCUGCUCGCCGUCACCUGCACGGACGGCAGCCACUGGGCCGGACACUGCUACGCCGAGAAGUGUUUCUCGCUGUAUGGCGGUGCGCCCAUCAAGGGCCUUCAUUCGCACGAGGUCGGCAUUCGGCUCAUCCUCCAUGCCCUGACAAGCGCGGCGGCAAAGUACGGCUUGACCAUUGAGCCGCAGCUGUCACUCUCGAUCGACUUUUACUGCCGGGUGUUCGUCAAGGUGCGUAAGUCGAGGGACGCGGUCAACUACCAGGGCGGCAAGACGAUGAUCAUGUACAACUGCCCAGGAUGCUCGGCGUGGGAGACGCAGCCGAUGGUCCGGACACGGCCUGCACCCAAGAAGAAGGGGGGCUACUUUUACAAGCACGGGCUGUCGCAGGGCCCGCCUACCGACUCGCACUGCAAGCACUGCGGCUCGAGCAUGCACGUCGCCGGCCCGAUGUACAGCGGCCCGCUGCACAACCCUGACUUCAUCCAGAGCAUCCUCGAACUGCUGCCGACUGUCGACAAGAACGUGUACCAAACGACGUCGAGGAUAGAGGGCAUGCUCCAGACGGCCAUGGAGGAGUGCCUCCCCGGACCCGAGCCCGAGCACGCGGCGGAUCUCGACGCCAAGGACAAGGAGCUGGCGAGGGUGGACCACUACCCCUUCUUCGUCAUGCCGUCGAGGCUGGCGGGCAUUCUCAGCACGCAGCAGCCGCCGGACGACAUGUUCCGUGGCGCGCUCAAGCAUCUCGGCUACCGCGUCACCCGCAGCCACUGCCGGCCCGGGAGUGUCAAGACGGACGCGCCGUGGGAUUCGAUCUGGUUCAUCAUGAGGGAAUGGGUUCGCCAGAAGGCACCCGUCCGCACGGAUCGCAUCAACUCGCAGAUGCCGGCAUACAGACUGCUCGGUCUCGACAAGGCGGAAAGCAACGGCGAGGCAAAGGAGUCUACAGGGAGUAACGCAGAGGCUCAAGAGGAGGCCGAGUCCAAGGAUAAGGACGAGCAGACAGCAACUCCACAGGACACGCAGGUGUCCGCCGCCGACGUCGAGAUGGAGGGCUCUGCGGAGGAGGCCGAGACGACGGACAAGACGACGGACAAGAGCGAGGAGGAGCUGCGCAAGACGCUUGUGUUCGAUGACAAGCUCGCAAAGCUCGGUAAGCGCAAGGAGCAGAGGAAGCUGGUCCGAUACCAGAUGAACCCUCGGGAGAACUGGGGUCCGAUGACGCGGGCGAAGGGAGCGUAA